AUGACCAUGUAUCAGCCGAGUUCGAGUACACAAUUACCAGAAGUUGACCGCUUGAGGUAUCCCAUUCGUCGUCCAAUUCCAACAAUGAAGUCCUACAACUUGGCGAGAAAGCAUACCCCUCAAAGAAUACCCACGUUCUUGGGCAGAGCAUCAAGCUGGUCGAAUACGCUGGGUUCUGGUGUUUCUAGCUCGAUCUCCCUUGGUAGCAUUGAUGAACUCCGAAGCAACUCCUUCGUCUCAACUCAGCAGCGCGUCUUCAGCGUGCCUACUAUUCCAUCUCGACGAUCAUCUCUGCCGGUUUCACCUUGCUUGACACCAAAACGGUCUCCACGAACGCUCAGCGUCUGCAAUGUUGAGGACAUGAUCAACCUGAGUCAGCUGCGGGAUGUUCCAAUGUUUGUGGACAUCCAGAAGGGACAUGAUGUUGAUUUCAUCUUCCCUUCUUCAUCGAGUAUGGACACGCCCUCAAUCUCUUCACGAAGGCCGUCCAUAGGUUCCAAAGCGUAUUCCUAUCGUGCUCUACGAGAGAAAGAGUCAAAAACACCACUACUUGUGCGGUCGUCAAGCAUCAAGAACGGAUAUGCGGAGUUUCGUGGCAACGAAAAAAUCCCGCUGUUUGUUCCUUCCCGAAUCAUAAAGCCAGCUGCUGGCACGCUUAUGAUCCCAGAACGCCAAAGCUCUCGGUCAUCUCCUGAUACGAGACUCGGGGUUGAAGAUGCGGCACAGGAUAGUCACUCUGAUCGACAAGAGAAUCAUUCCAAGGAAGCACUCUCCGAAGCAUCUGAUUGGUCCACUACUGUACAGUUUGAAGCACCUAAACAGGAGAUGUUCCGAGCAAAACCAGAAAGUAUGUUACCAGAUCCGUGCUUGGACAUCAAGCAGGGGUUUGGCCUUGAGCGUGGCACAUCAUCAGCGAAUCGCAAUGAAAUACACGAUAAUGUCAGACCCUUAGGUCCAUAUGAGGCCAAGGACACAGCAGCGGGUUUCACAGACCGAGUCCGAGUGCAAGAAGUCAUGGCCCACUACACUGAAAGCCAAGUAAGCACUGUUUACGUACUAUAG